AUGUGCAAUUCGCCGUCUGCAGUCCGUGUCUGUGCAAUCCUGGCAGUUCCCCCAGGUGACAAGGAGAAAGUCCUCUUGAUUGACGGUCCAGCACCCGACAUAUCCUUCCCUAACGCUGUCCCAGUGGUGGGAUCACGCCGUCGAUUUUACCAACCCCGGCCACCUUCCUGUUGGAAACCUUCAGCCCUCCUGUUGGAGACUCUAAGCCACCCGGAGCUGGCCUCUCGACUAGCUAGUGGUAACGAUGCCGGAGACCCUGAUACCGAGGCCGCCAUGAAGUCUUUGCGUCCACUCUUGCUGGCUUUGUAUUGGCUACUGGGUGCCCGGGUGCAGGAAAGUCUACAUUGGCGGCAGAGGUGCGCGGUCAACAAAAUCGACAACCAGAAAUGCCCCGGCACAUUCUCCAAGGAGUAUAUGGAGGCCAACCCUACGAUCGACUGGGGGUCCAACCUGGCCCAUCGGGUGGUUCGACCCAUCUUCAAACAGAUACACAUCCGGAGGACAAUACGCUCCGAGGUGACGCUCCCCGACGGGACGAGGACCUACCCAGCCGAAGGGCUCCUACCCGCAACUAUCUGCGUAGAGGAGCUGAGCUUCAACACCAGCAGUCCGGUCGCCAAGUCUGUAUUCAUCGACGGAAACAGGGCAGCAAAGAGGCUCUUCGCGAGGGAAACGGGCGAGGCAGCCCCGAGCGCCACACAAAACACAAGCUCCCAGGCCGUCGCGGGCACUGCCUCGGAGAACCAGCUCAACUUCGGCGUACACCGCAAGGGUGUGCUCGUCGCCUUUGACCAUAGGAACAAGAAGAUCUUGGAGGGAAAGGCUGUAUUCACCGGCGCAAAGAACAAGGUCACCCGCAAACUCAAGCGACUCCUCGACGCGAGGAACGGCACGACGGCGGCGCAGGUCCGGCGCCGACGGAAGGCCAGCGGCAAGGCGAGCCAGCCUGUAGUGGCUCGACCCGGCCAUUAUCGCGCCGGCAGAUCGCGCCUCCAUGGUGCGAUGGGUUGCCCACGAGAACCCUAUACUGACCCGGGCACUGGCACUGGCGUAUCAAUACGUCAGGGUCUAAAACGAGAGGUUUCUCCUUUACGUCGAUACGCCAUGGAUUCAAUCCAUCGUGUGUUCUGCCUUGACAGUUGCCGGCUUAAUGUCGGAACAGUCCGAUCGUCGGAUAAGCAAGCCCACCGGACGAAGGUGAUCGCGGAGUGGAACGAUCCGGAGUAUGAUCUCGAAAUCUUUGUCGCAAACGUCAAUACCAUGGCUACCGGUGUCAAUAUGCACCACUGCUGCUCGAAGGGGGCCUUUCUGAAUUGGCAUCUGAAUGCCAAGACCAUGUUGCAGAUCGUCGGUCGGCUUGUUCGCAUAGGCCAGAAGAAUCAGGUGAUAUUCCACCUCUUGAAGGUGAAGAAUUCAUAUCACGACAAUAUGGAAAGGCUAUGCACGACCAAAUGGGCAGCUCAACUGUCCGCCGAGAUUGGCUUGGCAGAUUGGCUUACGGACGACUUUCGCGAAUGCUGCGUCUUCGAGACGAUCAAGACAGCCUGGAACCAGUCAUUCAACCGGUAUGCGUGGGCCGUCAUCCGGCAGUUGGAAGGGCAUGACAUGGAAUACUAUGACUAG